AUGUCUUUCCCACAAUUACUAGUUGGCAAAGUUGCCGCCAUCACUGGUGGCCUCACAGGUAUUGGAAGGGCGAUCGCACUCGAUUACAUCCGCCAUGGAGCUAAAGUCUCCAUAAGCCACCUCGGCGGCGCAAAGGAAGACGCGCUGCUCGAAGCACUGCGUAAAGACGUGAACGAGAUUGAAACCGAAGCUGCGAACACCCGGUUCCUCACGGUAUCUGGCGACAUUUCACAGCCAGAAACGGGGAAGAACUUCGUCGCAAAGACUGUCGAGGCAUUUGGUCGACUGGAUGUGUUUGUGAGCAACGCAGGCGUAUGCCAGUUUGCCGAGUUCUUAGAAAUCGAACCCUCCCUCUUAGACCACACAAUCUCGACAAAUCUCUCAGGUGCAUUCUACGCCACUCAAGCUGCAGCCCGUCAAAUGGCAUUAACUCAGUCGCCAUCGGGUGGCUCCAUCAUUGGCGUAAGCUCCAUCUCCGCUCUGGUCGGCGGCGCCCAACAGUCACAUUACACGCCCACCAAGGCCGGUGUAUUGAGUCUCAUGCAGUCAUGUGCGUGUGCACUCGGCAAGUAUGGUAUUCGGUGUAAUGCGCUACUGCCAGGAACUAUCCGGACGCAGCUUAAUGAGGAGGAUAUGAAGGACCCUGUUAAGCGGAGUUAUAUGGAGGGUCGAAUUCCGCUGGGCAGACUGGGUCAACCGCGGGAUUUGGCUGGGCCAGCUGUUUUCUUAGCUUGUGAGGAAUUGAGUGGUUACGUGACUGGUGCGCAGCUACUGGUUGAUGGUGGGUUGUUCGUUAACCUGCAAUAA